ACAUAUACUACUACUCUUUCUCUCUUCUAUUCUUCUACAUUUCUCUCACAUUUAUUUAUAUAUAUACAUCGAUCUUUUAUUUAUAUAUAUACAUCGAUCUAUUUGAAAAGAAAAAAAUGAGUAGUUUAUUAUCUAAGAAAGCAGCAUGCAAUGCUCAUGGUCAAGAUUCUUCCUACUUCUUAGGAUGGGAAGAAUACGAGAGAAAUUCUUAUGAUAGAAUUACCAACCCGGAAGGGAUUAUCCAAAUGGGUCUUGCAGAAAACCAGCUUUGUUACCACCUUCUAGAGUCAUGGCUUGCUAAUAAUCCACAUGCACUUGGGUUUAAAAGUCAAGGUCAAUACAUUUUCAGAAAACUUGCUCUGUUCCAAGAUUAUCAUGGACUCCCCGAAUUCAAGAAGGCAAUGGUUGAAUUCAUGUCCGAAAUAAGUGGAAACAAAGUGAGAUUUGAGCCGCAAAGUCUAGUGCUCAUCGCAGGUGCAACCUCAGCCAACGAGGCCCUCAUAUUUUGCCUAGCUGAUCCCAACGAUGCCUUCCUUCUCCCAACUCCAUACUACCCUGGAUUUGAUAGGGAUCUUAAGUGGCGAACUGAAGUGGUAAUAGUGCCUAUUCAUUGCAAAAGCUCAAAUGGCUUUCAAAUCACGGAAGAGGGAUUGGAACAAGCCUAUGAAGAUGCCACAAACCGUAAUCUAAGAGUUAAAGGUGUUUUGAUUACCAACCCAUCUAAUCCAUGUGGCACCACAAUGACAGUGGAUGAGUUGAAUCUCCUCCUUAACUUCAUUGAACUUAAGAAAAUCCAUCUCAUCAGUGAUGAAAUCUAUUCAGGAACAGUUUUCAACAAACCAGACUUUAAAAGUGUCAUAGAAGUUCUCAACGAGAGAAACAAUAACAACAAUAAUAGUACUAAUCAAAUCAUGAUUCGGGAACAAGUUCAUGUCGUUUAUAGCCUUUCCAAAGAUCUAGGACUCCCUGGAUUUCGUGUUGGAGCAAUAUAUUCAAAUCACAAGAUGGUUUUAGAUGCAGCCACAAAAAUGUCGAGUUUCGGUUUGGUAUCUUCUCAAACUCAAUUCUUACUCUCGGUUAUGUUAUCAGACAAAUAUUUUACGAAAACAUACAUAAAAGAAAACCAAAAGAGACUUAAGAGAAGGCAUAAAAUGCUUGUUGGGGGUCUUAAGAAAGCAGGAAUAAGUUGUCUUAAGAGUAAUGCUGGAUUAUUUUGUUGGGUUGAUAUGAGACACCUUCUUAAGUCGAAUACUUUCAAUGCUGAAAUUGAGCUAUGGAAAAAGAUCAUUUACGAUGUGAAACUCAAUAUAUCACCUGGUUCAUCGUGUCAUUGUAACGAACCAGGUUGGUUUAGAGUUUGUUUUGCAAACAUGUCCGGGAGAACAUUGAAGCUCGCAAUAAAAAGGUUGAAAGACUUUGUUGCUGAUCAUGAUGAGUUUAAUUACCACACUAAAUAUCACCAACCUACUACGUAAUAGGCUUUUCCACCUAUCAUUUCACAUCCACCAAUGCUAUCAGCUCCCCAUAUUGUAUUAGUUUAUGACAUCUGUAAGAGAGAGAGGCUGAGAAGUCGAGGUUAAGUUGCUGUCUCUGAUAUUUUCUAGGGUUUGUAAUAUUAUAUCCUUAAUUCAUAAUCAUAAUGCGUUAUUAAUUAGUAGUACUGUGUACUGAAAUUUGAAUAAAUAUUCUGUAAUGCAUAUACGUCCAAAACUUAUAUUAUAUUUAUAUAUUUGUGCAGUACUAUAUUCUCGUACUAUCUCAUCAGUUAUUAAUAUUAUAGGAAUUAAUAUAAAGCUAUUUAAUUCUAGUACAAACUCGUGAAUUCUUUCAUAUAAUCAUCAUCAUCAUCCUCUUGCAUUACUACUACCAAAAUUAUUUGAUAGUGUAUGUAAUUAUUAUGAG